AUGAAAUGCCGCCGCAAACGACGGCCCGGCGUUCGUGCCCAGAGCGCCGAGUUGCGUGCGGCACGCAGUUCGCGGCCCGGUGCGCCACGCACCCGCAGCGCCGCAGUGCUGCCAACCCCCGCCGCCCCCGGCCGCCGGCCCGCUGCCCCGUUGCCCCGCAUAGCGUGCGUCGGGGCUCCCCCUGACCCACAAAAGGGAAGCGGUGGAAGGGGUGGGGCGGCCGUGCCAUUCGCAGGGGUCGCCGACCCCGGCGCCGCCGCGCCAGAAGUUGGCCAUUAUUCAUCCGUACUGGAGAACUGGAGAGCACGACGGCGGCCUCCAGGCGGCGGCAACCUGUCCGGUGGCGACGUCUCCGGCAGUAGCGGCGUGAGGGCGGGCGGCUGCGUGGGUGUGCUCGGUCGCCGGGUGACCUCAAGGUCGGGCGAGCGGCUCUGCUGGCUGCGUGACUUACGGCCCGUCACCGCGGCGGGUGGGGCUGUCCCCAGAGUUACGGCCUAUUGGCGUCUGCUCUGGGAGGGGGAGGGAGAGCCUGACUCAACUUCACAGCCCAGUGCAGCGGACGGCCUUGGCGAGCGCACGCCGGCGCAGAAGACAGCAGUGCGCGCUCGCGCGACAAGUAGCCCGGCUGCGGCGACGGCGGCGACGGCGGCGGCGGCUCGCGCUGCCAGCUGUCCGCGCCUGACCCCUGGCUCGCAGCAGCUAUAUUUACCUGCGCUGCGCCGCGCUGCUCCCUGCCUCUGCCAGCGAUCCGGCCCGCGGCCCGCCUCUGACAACUGCCUAUAG